CGAGGGCUGGGCUGUGAGGUGGCAGCGGCUGCGGAGCGGAGCUCUUCGGCUCACCACCGGGAGGGAUCUCGGUCCCGUCACCCGAGAGACGGCUCCGUCUUCGCCCCGGCCUGCCGUGGGGCUCGUGUUUUCCUGUCCCCCUGAUCGGCCUGAGAACCCGCUCGGUUCUGCUGUCCGCCGCGACCUCCCUUCCGCCUCCCCGGCUCGCAGAGCAACCCACCUGGACGCCGGGCCUUCUCUGCAGUCGCGGGACGUAGGCGAUUCAUGUCUGUCUCCAGACUACCGGCUAGGAUUCGCUUUGGGGCUUCUUCUGAGGGCUGGCACGGGGCUGUUGUCGCCCAGGAAACUAGUAGGGCACUGGCUGGAGCAGGCAGGCGUCUUGUUGGAAGGUGGUGAGCCUCAGCUGGCCUUUCCGGACCCCCGCGUUUCUCUAACUGCUACUGUCUUCCUUGUUGCUUUCUCUUUAUUUGGCUUUGUUUGAUAGCCUCUAGCAAGAGUGGCUUCUUAGGAAGGUGGGCACCACAGCCUUGCAGGGCCGAGGGGGACGGCCUGCAAAAUGGUUCCAUCAGCCAUCGCAUUCCUCUGAGUGGCCAGCUGUGCUGAGUCACUGCGACCGUCCACAUCAGUUGAGUGAGCAGGUGUAUAUGCACCCUGCGUGGCUGGUGAUCUUAACUGACAGGGAGGGGAUUACUGGAGCCUGUCAGUUUCUUUGACACCCAGGAGCUGGGUGGAAGGAGGCUCUGAUCCCUUCUCCAUUGCUGGCCUGCAGCAGUAGCUCAGCAGUCCCUUGAACCUGAGGAGACAGAGUGGCCCACGAUAUCUGUAGGACAGGACUGGCUGAGCCAGUCCCUUUUGGUCGGGCCGUUGUUUGGAUGGUGCAUGUGCUCUACCCUAGGCCCCUCUUCAUCGUGUGCUGCUGAUUUUUGAAUUGGGGCCAUGCUUCAGAUGGCUGUAGUCCAUUUGGGGUUAGGUUUGGCAGGGUUGCGCUUUCUUUCCUCUUUCUACUGGACUACAGACUGCAAUCCCAGUGUUAAGUGGCGUUGUUCACAUAGACAUUAGUAUUUUGUUGAGGGGUGUAUUAGCAGCAUGGUCACUGAAGACCAGACAGGGAGUCGGGAAGACUCUGUGGGGAUGCUGGGCCUGGAAGCCGACACACUUUGCUCCUUUCUCUCUUGCUGACCUCAUUGACUCCAGGUUCCCCGGUUAAAACGGUGGGGCUCUGGCCUGAGCCCCAUUACCUUACUAAUCUUUGAGACCGUGGCCCUCAGGGCAUCCCAUGUCAGGGCCUGCCACCAUGCGACUGAGCUCCCUCUUGGCUCUGCUGCGGCCAGCGCUCCCCCUCAUCUUGGGGCUGUCCCUGGGAUGCAGCCUGAGCCUCCUGCGAGUGUCCUGGAUCCAGGGUGAGGGAGAAGACCCCUGUGUAGAGGCUGUGGGGAAGCCAGGAGGGCCGCAGAAUCUAGACUCAAAAACUGGGCUGGACCAAAGCGAUGAAGACUUCAAACCCAGGAUUGUCCCCUACUACAGGGAUCCUAACAAGCCCUACAAGAAGGUUCUCAGGACUCGGUAUAUCCAGACAGAGCUGGGCUCUCGUGAGCGCUUGCUGGUGGCUGUCCUGACUUCUCGCGCCACACUGUCCACCCUGGCUGUGGCUGUUAACCGGACAGUGGCACAUCACUUCCCUCGAUUACUCUACUUCACCGGGCAGCGGGGGGCCCGGCCUCCUGCAGGGAUGCAGGUGGUUUCUCAUGGAGAUGAGCGGCCCGCCUGGCUCAUGUCAGAGACCCUGCGCUACCUUCACACACACUUUGGGGCUGACUAUGACUGGUUCUUCAUCAUGCAGGAUGACACAUACGUGCAGGCCCCCAGAUUGGCAGCGCUUGCUGGUCACCUUAGCAUCAACCAAGACUUGUACUUGGGCCAUGCAGAGGAAUUCAUUGGUGCAGGCGAGCAGGCCCGGUACUGCCACGGGGGCUUCGGCUACCUGUUGUCCCGGAGUCUCCUGUUGCGCUUGCGGCCACAUCUGGAUGGCUGCCGAGGGGACAUUCUCAGUGCCCGGCCUGAUGAAUGGCUUGGCCGCUGCCUCAUCGACACUCUGGGCAUCGGCUGUGUCUCACAGCACCAGGGGCAACAGUACCGCUCCUUCGAACUGGCCAAGAACAGGGACCCUGAGAAGGAGGGGAGCUCUGCUUUCCUGAGUGCCUUCACCGUUCACCCUGUCUCCGAGGGUACCCUCAUGUACCGGCUCCACAAACGCUUCAGUGCUCUGGAGUUGGAGAGGGCUUACAGCGAAAUUGAACAACUGCAGGCUCAGAUCCGGAACCUGACGGUGCUGACCCCUGAGGGGGAGGCAGGACUGAGCUGGCCUGUUGGGCUUCCAGCCCCUUUCACUCCACACUCUCGCUUCGAGGUGUUGGGCUGGGACUACUUCACAGAGCAGCACACCUUCGCCUGUGCAGAUGGGGCUCCCAAGUGCCCGCUGCAGGGGGCUAGCAGGGCAGAUGUGGGGGACGCGGUGGACACUGCGCUGGAGCAGCUCAAUCGGCGCUAUCAGCCCCGCCUGCGCUUCCAGAAGCAGAGGCUUCUCAACGGCUACAGGCGCUUUGACCCCUCGAGGGGCAUGGAGUACACCCUCGACUUGCUGCUGGAAGCCGUGACCCAGCGAGGGCACCGCCGCUCUUUGGCCCGCAGAGUGAGCCUGCUGCGGCCACUAAGCAGAGUGGAAAUCCUGCCUAUGCCUUACGUCACCGAGGCGACCCGAGUGCAGCUGGUGCUGCCACUCCUGGUGGCUGAAGCUCCGGCCGCCCUGGCUUUUCUUGAGGCCUUUGCUGCCAGUGUUCUGGAGCCCCGCGAACAUGCAUUGCUCACCCUGUUGUUGGUCUAUGGGACCCGGGAAGGCCGAGGGGGCCCUGACCCAUUUCUCAGGGUGAAGGCUGCAGUAGCUGAGUUAGAACGACGGUACCCUGGCUCGAGGCUGGCCUGGCUUGCUGUGCGAGCAGAGGCCCCUUCCCAGGUACGACUCAUGGAUGUCAUCUCCAAGAAACACCCUGUGGACACACUCUUCUUCCUUACCACUGUGUGGACAAGACCUGGGUCGGAAGUCCUCAACCGCUGCCGUAUGAAUGCCAUCUCGGGCUGGCAGGCUUUCUUCCCGGUCCACUUUCAGGAGUUCAACCCUGUUCUGUCACCACAGAGAUCUCCCCCAGGUGUCCCUGGGGCUGGCCCCGAUCCCCCGUCCCCUGGUGUGGACCCUUCUCGGGGGGCUCCAGUUGGGGGCAGAUUUGACCGGCAAGCGUCAGCAGAGGGCUGCUUCUACAAUGCCGACUACCUGGCAGCCCGAGCCCGGCUGGCUGGUGAACUGGCAGGCCAGGAAGAGGAGGAAGCCCUGGAGGGGCUGGAGGUGAUGGAUGUGUUCCUCCGGUUCUCAGGGCUCCACCUCUUUCGAGCCGUAGAGCCAGGGCUGGUGCAGAAGUUCUCCCUGCGGGACUGUAGCCCCCGGCUCAGUGAGGAACUGUACCACCGCUGUCGCCUCAGCAAUCUGGAGGGGCUCGGGGCCCGCACCCAGCUGGCCAUGGCGCUGUUUGAACAGGAGCAAGCCAACAGCACUUAGCCCCCCCCCACUGUGUCUGCCAUCGCCCCAGGAAGGGCAAGGCAAGGUGAUGGACAGGUGGAGGGCUUGCCACUGUAUUUUUUUAAAAUAAGAAAUGUUAUUAAAAGUAUCUUCUGCCAAA